CACUUCUUUUGAGAGCCUCGAUCGCGAUUCCCUUUCGUUUUCCGUCAUUUGCAUUAAACCCUCUUAUCAGCCAGCGAUAAUAGCACUUGACAAGUCUGUCCACAUCAAGCGUCUCUUGCAUAAAAAACCGAGAAAAUGUUAAAAGGCACGAAACUCAUCUCCUGCUUCCGCAGACAAUUCUGCAGCUCUUCUGCGCAGUUGGCCGCGCCCUUGGAGGGAGUUCGAAUCAUGGACCUGACGAGAAUCGUGGCCGGACCCUUUUGCACCAUGAUCCUGGCCGAUCUGGGCGCCGAGGUGAUCAAGGUCGAGCACCCCAAGGGCGGCGACGAGUGCAGAAAUUGGGGUCCGCCCUUCCUCGGCGGCGAGAGUUGCUACUUUUUUCCAGUCAACCGAAACAAAAAGAGCAUCUGCAUCAACUUGAAGUCUCCGGAGGGCCUUCAAGUGGCCAAAGACCUGGCUUGUCAAAGUGACAUCCUGAUGGAGAACUACGUCCCUGGAAAGUUGGCCAGUCUCGGCUUGGGAUACAAAGACCUGGCGGCCCUGAAUCCAGGUCUGAUUUACACCUCCCUGACUGGAUACGGCCCCACUGGCCCGUACGCCACUCGACCGGGCUACGACGUUAUUGCAGCCUCAGAAGGUGGCCUCCUGGGCAUCACUGGGCCUAGAGACGGUGACCCUUGCAAGGUCGGUGUGGCCAUGACUGACAUAGCCACUGGUCUGUAUGCCCACGGCGCCAUCCUGGCUGCCCUUUUGCAGAAGAAGGUGACAGGUCGAGGGCAGAAGAUUGACGUUAACCUUUUGUCCACUCAGGUGGCCUGCCUGAUCAACCUGGGGUCGAACUACCUGAACGCCGGUGUUGAGGCCAAGAGACUCGGCACCGCCCACGCCAGUCUGGUUCCGUACGAGAGUCUGCAGACCAAGGAAGGCGCCUUCAUCACCAUCUGCUGCGGCAGCAACCAGCAGUUUGAAGACUUCUGCAAGCGAAUCGAUCUUCCGGAAUUGAGUGUGAAUCCAAAAUUCCGGAAUAACGAGCAACGAGUCAUCAACAGAGAGGAGCUUUUGGAAGAAAUCCGUGCUCGUUUCAAGGAACACGAUUCUGACUUUUGGCUUCGGAAGUUGAAGGGCGGCGCCAGUCCCUACGGAAGAGUCAACAGCCUGAAGCAAGUCUUUGAAGACCCACACGUGAAGGAUGUUGGCCUAGUUGAGGAGCUGGAACAUCCGACAGCUGGUAGAAUUAAAGUGGUUGGGCCGCCGGUCAAAUACAGUGAGGCCAAGAAUGAUGUUCGUCUGCCGCCACCAGUCCUUGGACAACACACAGACCAAGUGCUGAGGGACACUUUAGGGUACUCUGAGGACAAAGUGUCCGAACUGAGGAAGUGCAGUGCUGUGGCCUAAAUUUAAAGAUAGCCUUAUUUUUAAACUAAAAAGUGUCCUUAUAAUCUCCCCUUUUUGGAUGCACCAACUUUGAGGCUGAAGCUUAAAAAACCCAAGACGGGAAGGAAAGUUCAAUUUGAUGAGAGCACUGUGGACAACGAGAAUUUGGGACGGAAAAAAUCUAAAUGUUGCUGUAUCUACACAAAGCCAGUUGAAUUU